AUGUCAAGAAUACAAGGUGAACGAGUCUUUUGUCACCAGUGCCAGAACGAAUGGGAUCGGGCGCACGGAGGACUCACCUGUCCCCGAUGUGAAGGCGAUUUCACUGAGAUUCUCGAACCCGGCGAAGCCCCGUCUACCUACGACUUAGACCGACCGCCCUCUCUGCCCUUGCCCGUCGACCCGCCAUCACCACCUACCGGAGACCUGCAUGAUCACACUGGGCUACAGAGCCAUAAUCCUUGGGCAGAAGAUGCGAACGACGAUGAUGGAACCAACUUUACGACGUUCGAGUUUACAACCACCGGUGGAGGUGGGAGAAUGGUUCUCAGCACCCGUUCAUGGCGGGGCGAUGGGCGCAAUGUACGAGUAGAUGACCUACAUGAAGUGAUUGAUGAGAUGGGGCAAUUGCUUACCCGACUGGAUGAACUACAUAAUCGAGGCAUGCCUGCUCCCUUUGUCCCUCUAAGCCCCUUCGGAUUCCCGCGAGGACAAGGCGCAGGCGGAUUGGAUGACCCUCACUUCCAUUUGCAGCCGGCGGGUUUGCAAGAUCUCUUCUCCCUCAUUUUGCAAUCAAUGCAACCAGAAGGGCUUCAUGGUCCAGACCCUGACGACAGACGAAGAGGAGGCCAACCCCCUUUGCCAUUUGACCUUCUCCAUCAAAUGCUCAACCCCGCGAACGCUCGAACUGGCGAUAUGGUGUACAGUCAAGAAGCCUUUGACCGGGUUAUGACACAGCUCAUGGAGCAACACAAUGCAAGUACCGCACCUCCGCCUGCGUCAGAGGAAGCCAUCCUGUCUCUCAAAAAGAAGAAGGUCGACCGGGAAAUGCUAGGCGAAGAAGGGAAGGCUGAGUGUUCAAUAUGUAUGGACAACGUUGAGUUGAACAACGAGGUGACUGUCCUUCCAUGCAAUCACUGGUUUCACGGUGACUGCGUAACAGCGUGGCUGAAAGAACAUGAUACCUGCCCCCACUGUCGGAAACCCAUCACGGAUCCGGAAGAUCGAUUGCGGCCGGGACCUUCAAGACGGAGACACAGCCGGCGAGCAUCGUCAGUAUCAAGUCCACGUGCCUAUGGCCCUGAAGCCGGUCGAUACCACCCAGCGCCGAUUCCAGAGACUCCCCGCACGAUACGAGAAGUCCGAGAGUCAUAUUACGGCAGGAGACAUGACUACGAUGUGGAACGCCCUGAAACCCAUCGCCAUGCAAGCACUCUCAGUGACCUGAGACGACAUAGCUCAAGAGGCCAAGGUGGGAGCAGUGGCGGGAGUCGCAAUGGUGGAAACAGUGGAGGAGUGACAGGCUGGAUUAGAGAUCAUCUACCAUUCUCUUGA